CCUCAGUCUUCUGAGAUUUUAAUAUAAUGUAGUUUACUUACGCCGAGGGACGCAAAGAACAUGAAACAAAACGGUGUCAGGUGAAACGAAACCUGUUGCCAUGGCAUUGUUGGAGUUGUACACUAAGUACAACAGAGUUUGGAUUCCCGACGCAGAGGAUGUUUGGAAAUCGGCGGAAAUUUUAAAGGAUUUCACACCGGGAGAUCGUUUUCUACAGCUGCAUCUUGACGAUGGAACAGAAUUGCAAUUGCCUUUGGAGGGGGAUGGGCGGUUACCUCCCCUCCGCAACCCAGAUAUCCUGGUGGGGGAGAAUGACCUCACUGCUCUGAGCUACCUCCACGAGCCAGCAGUACUGCACAACCUCCGCGUGAGAUUUGUGGACUCUAAAAUCAUCUACACAUACUGUGGCAUUAUCCUAGUGGCUGUUAACCCAUAUAAACAACUGCCCAUUUAUGGAGAUGCAGUCAUCCAUGCUUAUUCUGGACAGAAUAUGGGAGAUCUGGACCCUCAUAUAUUUGCAGUGGCAGAAGAAGCUUACAAACAGAUGGCAAGGAACAACAGGAACCAGUCUAUCAUAGUCAGUGGGGAGUCUGGAGCAGGGAAGACUGUGUCUGCUCGCUAUGCCAUGAGAUACUUUGCAAUGGUCAGCAAGUCUGGUAGCAAUAAACAUGUGGAGGACAAGGUUCUGGCAUCAAACCCAGUCACUGAGGCUAUAGGUAACGCAAAGACAACGAGGAAUGACAACAGCAGCCGUUUUGGGAAGUACACAGAAAUCAGCUUUGAUAAAAGAUACCAGAUUAUUGGAGCCAACAUGAGGACAUACCUUCUGGAAAAGUCUAGGGUUGUUUUUCAGUCGGAGAAUGAACGAAACUAUCACAUCUUCUACCAGAUGUGUGCUUCUGCAGACCAACCAGAUUUUAAGAGCUUAAGACUGUUGAGUGCCGACAAGUUUAAUUACACUAAUAUGGGAGGGGAGAUGGAGAUCCCCGGAGUGGACGAUCGCGCCGAGAUGGCUGAAACCUGCCGAACUUUCACCCUGCUGGGGCUGAAGAAGGACUUUCAGGCCGAUUUAUUUAAGAUGCUGGCAGGGAUUCUGCACUUGGGCAAUGUGGUGAUCAAAGCAGUUAACUCAGAUAAAUCAUCCGUCAAUACUACAGACGCUCACUUGACUGCAUUCUGUGACCUGCUUGGAGUCAGAGGGGAAGAAAUGUGUCGCUGGCUGUGUCAUCGGCGUAUUGUCCUGUCGUCUGAGACUGUGGUGAAGCCGCAGCCUAUGGAGCGCGCCAUCAACGCCCGUGAUGCACUGGCCAAGCACCUGUACGCCUUCCUCUUCGACUGCGUCAUCCGCAGGAUCAACCAGGCGCUGCAGGUCCCUGGCAAGCAGCAUUCCUUCAUCGGAGUGCUGGAUAUCUAUGGAUUUGAGACAUUUGAUGUGAAUAGUUUUGAGCAGUUUUGCAUCAACUAUGCAAAUGAGAAGUUGCAACAGCAGUUCAACUUGCACGUGUUUAAGCUAGAGCAAGAUGAGUACAUGAAGGAGGGCAUCCCAUGGACAUUAAUCGAUUUCUAUGACAACCAGCCAGUCAUUGAUCUUAUUGAGGCAAAGAUGGGCAUCCUGGACUUGCUGGAUGAGGAGUGUCUGUUUCUUCAGGGGACUGAUAAAAAUUGGCUGCAGAAGCUCUAUAAUUAUCUGGGCUCAAGGCCCAUGUUUGAGAAACCCCGCCUGUCCAAUCAGGCGUUUGUGAUCCAGCACUUUGCAGACAAGGUAGAAUAUCAGUGUAAAGGUUUUCUUGAAAAGAACAGAGAUACCCUGUAUGAAGAGUUGGUGGACAUAAUGCGAGCUAGUAAGGUUCCUCUCUUGGCAGAUUUCUUUAAUGAAGAGAGACAUAAUUCCGUUACAAAGGCUGUCAAAGUGAAAGCAGCACGACCUGGAGUCAAACCAGUCAAUAAGCAACUUAGAAGCACAGUAGGAGACAAGUUUCGCAGUUCUUUGUAUCUGUUAAUGGAGACACUCAAUGCUACCACACCCCAUUACGUCCGCUGUAUUAAACCUAAUGAGGAGAAACUGCCUUUCGAAUAUGACUCAAAGCGUGUGGUGCAGCAACUUCGAGCCUGCGGUGUACUAGAGACUGUUCACAUCAGUGCUCAGAGCUACCCAUCCAGGUGGACGUACAUUGAGUUCUACAGCCGCUACAGUAUUCUGAUGAGCCAGGUGGAGCUCAGGCUGGGAGAGAAGAAGCAGACAUGUCAAACCGUGUUGCAGAGACUCAUCCCUGACUCGAACCAGUAUAAGUUUGGGCGAACCAAGAUCUUCCUGCGGGCAGGGCAGGUGGCCUACCUGGAGAAGCUGCGCUUGGAUUGUCUGCGCACCGCCUGCAUUACCAUCCAGAAGCACGUGAGAGGCUGGAGCCAGAGACGGCGCUACCUGCUCAUGAAGCACGCCGCUAUCACCAUCCAACAGUACUUCCGCGGCACCAGGCAGGUCAGACGCUCAUUGACGGCAUUGGCAUUGAAGCAGGCUUGGGCUGCGGUGGUCAUCCAGAGACACUGCCGUGGCUAUCUUGUACGGCGGGUCUUCCAGCUACUCCUCAUCGCCACGGUUACAGUCCAGUCUUAUGUCAGGGGGUGGAAGGCCCGCAAGCGUUACAAAAAGAUGGUGGAGGAGCAUAAAGCGCUGGUUCUGCAGAAGUAUGCCCGAGCAUGGUUGGUACGACGUCGGUUCCAGACCAUGCGCAGGCUUGUCCUGAAUGUGCAGCUGUCCUACAGAGUUCAGCAGCUGCGCAAGAAGGUGGAGGAGCAGAAUAAAGAGAACCGAGGUCUGAUGGAGAGACUGACGAGUCUGGCAAACACCCAUGCUCAGGCAAUGGACAGGAUACAGGCUCUGGAGGUGGAGCUUAGCAAAGCAUCCAAUGAGAGGGCAUCUGUAGAGGAGAGGGAAAAGAAAGCUAAAGAGGAGAGCAAUCAGGUUAUUGCUCAGCUUCGGCGCGAGAGGGACAAGAUCAGCCUGGAGAAGAAGGAUGUUGAGCAGAAACUGAAAGACUCCCUACAGCAGAUGACAAACAAUUUUGAGGACGUCAAGAAAAAGCUCAUGGAGGACUUGGAGCGGGAGGAGAGACUUCGCAAGGUGGCCGAGCACAACAGCGAGCUGCAGAAGGAGGACGUGGCUAAGGAGAUCACAAAGUUGAAGGAAGAUAGCCGCCGACUGCGGGAGGAGAAGGUGCGGCUGCAGGGGCAGGCCGAGGAGGACACACGCCUCCACCAGGAGCUCCAGGAGCAGCUCAGCCAACUUGCCAAGCAUGUCAAGGUCAUACCAGAAUUACGUAGGGAGAUUAACAGCCUCAAAAUCGAGAAAGAUGAAACAGACAGAAAAUUGAGUGAGCAAACUCAGCAGACCUCAGAGAAAAUUAAUUUGAUUACAAGGCAGCUUCUUGGUGAGGCGAAAGAAGAGGAGCUCAUUCUGAGGUUGAAAAAGGAGACCACAGAGGCUGCUAAUGACAAAGGAAAUCUCCUGUUUGCCUUUGAUGGACUGCAGAAUGCUACCAGGUUGGUGGAAUCCCAGCUGCAGGAGCAGAAGGAGAACUAUGAGAGCCAGCUAGAGGCACUGGUCUUCAAAAACGAUCACCUGACCAGAGAGAACCAGCAGUUGCAAGCCCUCUUUCAGGAGAAAAGCAAUGUCAACCACAGCAUUGGACAAGAGGUGGCACGCCUCACAUCUGAGAACAUGGUGAUCCCAGAACUGAAGCAGCAGUUAUCAGAGAUGCAACGCCACAGACAAGAGCUGGAAACUCAGCUAAAGGAGCAAAGCACUGCGAUGACUGAAAAAAUGACGAAGGUAUCCAAUGACCUUCAGGGCAGGCUUGAGGAGGAAUGCGCCAAAAGACGGCUAUUGGAGGAAGGUUCUAGAGAGAGCAAGAGAGAAAGAGAAGAGUUGGAAAGGAGACUAGAGGAGCUCAAGGAAGAGAUGGUGCAGCUGAAGAGACUCCAGGACACAGAGAACGAAGUGAAAAUCAAACUCCGACAGGAGACCUCACGCCUCACUGCUGAAAACAUGGACUUUGAAGAGCAAAUGGACAUGAAGGACAGAACCAUAAAGAGGCUGCAGGACCAGGUCAAAGCCCUCCAGGCACCUGUGACAGUCAGUCAGAAGGCAGCACCAGCCGUUCCUAAAGAAUACCUUGGCAUGCUGGAGUAUAAGAGGCAAGAUGAGGACAGGCUUGUGCGAACACUCAUACUUGAGCUGAAGCCGAGGGGUGUGGUGGUGAAUAUGAUCCCUGGCUUGGUGGCCCAUCUUCUCUUCAUGUGCAUGCGGCACGCCGACUACCUUAACGAUGGAACCAAGCUCAAGUCCCUCAUGCAUGCCAUCAUCAGUGGCAUCAAACAGGUCAUCAUGGACCAUGAAGAGGACUUUGGGAUUUUGUCCUUCUGGCUGUCCAACACCUACCACCUGCUCAACUGCCUCAAACAGUACAGUGGAGAGGAAGAGUUCAUGAAGCACAACACACCUCGGCAGAAUAAGAAUUGCCUUCAGAACUUUGACCUGUCUGAGCACAGGCAGAUCCUCAGUGAUCUUGCUAUUCACAUCUAUCAUCAGUUCAUCAAUGUCAUGGAAGAUGCCCUUUUCCCUAUGAUUGUUCCCGGGAUGCUGGAGCACGAGAGCCUGCAAGGCAUCUCCAGCAUGAAGCCCACGGGCUUGCGCAAGCGCUCCCGCAGCGUGCUGGGCGAGAGCGGUGGGGGCGAGAGCCAGGCCUGCAGCGUGGCCUCCAUCCUGCAGCUGCUCUCCAGCUUCCACAGCACCAUGGCGCAGCAGGGCAUGGAGGCACAGCUGCAGGACCAGGUGCUCCGCCAGCUUUUCUACCUGAUAGGAGCCACGGCGCUCAACAGCAUCCUGCUCCGCAAGGACCUCUGCUCCUGCCGCAAGGGCAUGCAGAUCAGGUGUAACAUCAGCUACCUGGAGGAAUGGCUGCGGGAGAAAGGUCUGCAGUCCUGCAGUGCUAUGGAGACUCUCGGGCCUUUGGCACAGGCUGCCUGGCUCCUUCAGGUCAACAAAACCACUGACGAGGAUGCAGCCGAGAUCCAGCAGAGAUGUCGCGAACUCUACACCGUCCAGAUUGUAAAGAUCCUCAACUCUUACACCCCUAUUGAUGAUUUUGAAAAGCGGGUUGCACCGUCGUUUGUGCGUAAAGUGCAGGCACUUUUGCAGGAACGGGAGAGCUCAAGCCAGCUCAUGAUGGAUGCGCAGUAUCGCUUCCAGGUCACGUUCCCUUUCUGCCACUCCACACAAGCACUGGAGCUCCUGCAAGUACCCAGCAGUCUUCACCUGGGAUUUCUCACCCGCAUAUGACCUCUGACCCUGACCUCCCACUGACUCUUCAGCUUCAUGCGUCAAGAAUUACUUGGAUCGACAUGGUAUUAUAAUAAUCACAAACUGGUAACCUCAUGAUUAUUUUUGAUUCACUCUUUAAAAGGGGCUGUCUGGUUAUUUUAGAUGUUGUGACAUGAAAUCUUAUAGUUCUAAUAUUUCAAGGAAUGAAAAGAAAAUGUUCCUGUAAAAGGCACAUAUUUUGUUUAGGUUUGUUUUGUUUUAUAUAUAUUUUAUUUUUUAAAAUGUUAUGGUCAACAUAACCAACAAUCGUGUUCAUUUUUUAUUGUGCCAAUCAAUAUUUUUGACAA